AUGUCUCGCAAUGCUCUACUAAAUUUUCUCCUUCUUGACUCAGACGACGAUGAUUUGGAGAUACUUACCGUAAUUGCUAUGGAAGAAGAACGACUAAAAAGUGAGAGAGAAGUAGUGCUACAUCAUGGUUCUGUUCAAGGUCGCAAAUAUAUUGAUCGUGGUACUAUCCUUGGCCAUGAAAGGAUAUUUCGCGACUAUUUUGCGGAACCACCCGCUUAUCCUCCCGAGUACUUUCGAAGGAGGUUUCGUAUGAGCCGUUCUCUUUUUCUCCGUAUUCAAGCUGCGAUAGAAGCACAUGAUCCAUACUUUGUCCAAACAAGAAAUGUUGCCAGAAAGCUCGGCUUGUCUUCACUUCAAAAGAUGACAACAGCAAUUCGGAUUCUUGCUUAUGGGGUAUCAGCUGAUUUUUUAGAUGAGAUUGUGAGGAUAGGGGAAAGCACCACAUUAGAGAGUCUAAAGAGAUUUGUCAUAGCGGUGAUUGAGAUUUUUUCUGAUGAAUACUUAAGGUCACCCACUAGUGAUGACAUUGCUAGAUUGCUAGUAGUUGGUGAACGGCGCAGAUUUCCUGGGAUGUUGGGAAGUAUUGAUUGUGUGCAUUGGAAAUGGAAGAAUUGUUCAACGGCAUGGAAAGGAAUGUAUAGUGGCCAUAUUCGCGAACCAACAGUUAUUCUGGAAGCGGUAGCUUCGUAUGACCGAUGGAUAUGGCAUUCAUAUUUUGGAUUACCGGGAGGUAAUAAUGACAUCAACGUGCUAAAAAGAUCAUCGGUCUUUACUGAAUUGGCCCAAGGAUGUGCUCCUCCGGCCAAUUACUCGAUCAAUGGUCAUAACUAUACGAUGGGAUAUUAUCUAGCAGAUGUUAUACGUCAACCAGCACGUUUUUGGGGACAUAGCAUGCUCAAAGUUGUUAUGAAAGCAUGCAUAAUAAUGCAUAACAUGAUCAUUGAGGACGAGCGAGAAGAUGAUGCACAAGACUUUGAAUAUGAAAGGGAUGAUGGACCUCUCCCCGAACCAGUAUCACAUGAGCAUACAACGGAACUUAUGGAGUUCAUUCGACGCCAACAUGUUAUUCGAAAUAGAGAGACUCACUCCCAACUUCAAUCAGACCUCGUCGAGCACUUAUGGGAGCGACAUAGCCAGUCAUAG